AUGGACAGGAUACGCAGCCUCAUGGCCCGUCCAGCGGCAUAUGAGCCUAUCAACGAGUUCGCAGACGAUACCGAUGGAACGACACGAGCGCAACGACGGGACGAAUCUCAGUUCUCAAGACUAGAAUAUGGAAUUUUUUUCCUCCUUGGGAUAUCCAUGCUGUGGGCCUGGAACAUGUUCCUUGCCGCAACACCGUAUUUCUACACUCGGUUCCAGUCCGAUGACUGGACAAGACUACACUACCAACCGUCUAUUCUCUCAGUCUCAACUGUCACCAAUCUCGGGAUCGCCUAUAUUCUAGCAAAGCUGCAGAAGAACGCAUCAUACCCAUGGCGCAUAACGCUCUCGCUGUUGAUCAACUGUGCCGUGUUCGCAGUUCUCGCAUUCUCGGCCAUCGUAUUUAACGAUGUGUCUGCGCGGGCUUACUUCGGUUUCUUGAUGGUAAUGGUGUUCGGCGCAAGCUUGGCAACCGGUAUCAACCAGAACGGCGUCUUUGCGUACGUUUCUGGGUUUGGGAGAGACGAAUAUACGCAGGCAAUUAUGAGUGGACAAGGUGUUGCGGGUGUGCUGCCUUGUAUUAUUCAGAUCUUCUCUGUGCUUGCUGUGCCGUCGGACGAGGACAGCGUUGAUCGUGACCCGGGCCAGGUUCAAGACCCGAGCAUGCCGCAGACUACUUCAUCGAGAUCGGCUUUUGUCUACUUUAUCACUUCGACGGGCAUCUCGGUGAUUGCGCUGUUGGCUUUUCUAUAUCUUCUCAGGAACCAACCUCAGUCCAGGCAAAAGGUGGCAGGAGCGGACGAUGAGUCCAUUGCUGAUGAGCACGAGCAUUCCAGGACCGUCAGUCUGUGGACUUUGUUCACAAAGUUGCGGUUCCUGGCGUUCGCUGUUUUUAUGUGCUUUCUGGUCUCUAUGGUCUUUCCGGUCUACACGGCGGAAAUUCAAUCCGUCAAUGACCCUGCUAGCUCACGGAUCUAUGACCCCAGCGUCUUUGUUCCCCUGGCAUUCUUACUCUGGAACCUCGGUGACUUGGUCGGGAGAAUGGGCGUGGCUAUUCCCGGGGUUUCCCUGGGCAAAUAUCCUCAAGUGGCUGCUAUCGUGGCCAUUGCACGGGUCAUGUUUAUUCCAAUCUACCAACUUUGCAACAUCAACGGCAAAGGGGCUGUUGUGAAGAGUGACAUUUUCUAUCUUGCUGUACAAUUUCUGUUCGGCGCUACCAAUGGGUACCUGGGGACGAGCUGUAUGAUGGGUGCCAGCCAUUGGGUGGUUGCUGAUGAGAGGCCGGCUGCUGGUGGUUUCAUGAGCAUGGUACUUGUGGGUGGCUUGGCUGCUGGAAGCAUCUUGAGUUUCUCUGUUGCCAGUACAUAA